GCUGACAGGAAUUUUGUUGUUCAACGUAUGCACUAUUCUCAAUAACAUUAAUCAAUAAAUUUAAUUGGUGUUAUGCUAUUUAUUCAUUAAAAAUGAGUGCGGUUGACGAGGAGCUCGAUUCAAAAAAGGAUCACAUCAAUAAAAUUGUUCUCUCGGAUGAGGUACAGCAGGCAAUUGAACAGGUAUUGCAAAGUUCCGACCCUUUGGAUCAUCCUGAUUUCGAUGCAACGGAAUACGUGAACCAGCUGUUCCCCAAUGAACAGUCACUAUCCAAUAUAGACGAUGUUAUCACGAAGAUGGAAUACGAUAUCAGUUUGAUAGACGAUAAUAUUCGGAGUGUAGUCCGAGGGCAAGUGAACACCGGAGAAAAUGGUCGAACUGCACUGAAGGAGGCUCAACAGUCGAUUACACAACUGUUCGCACUGAUAACGGACAUUAAAUCCAGGGCGGAGAAAACCGAGGAUAUGGUAAAAGAGAUUACUCGGGACAUCAAACAAUUGGAUUCGGCUAAGAACAAUUUAACCUAUGCUAUUACGACACUGAAUCACCUACACAUGCUGGUUGGGGGAGUAGAGAAUCUAAAACGAUUAGCCGAACGUCGACAAUAUGGAGAAAUUUUGAAUCCUCUGCAGGCUAUUAUCGAAGUCAAUCAGCACUUUCGACAGUAUUCGGAAAUAGCCCAGAUACAGACCUUAUCGUCGCAGGUACAACAAAUACAGACUGAGCUUGCGACUCAGAUAACGGAAGAUUUCAAAAACUUCUUCGCACCUACCGCUGGUGGUGGUCAGGUUGGAAACCGAAUGACGAUAACCCAGCUGAAGGAUGCAUGUCAGGUAGCUUCGGUGCUGGAUAAACCAGUUAAAAAGAAUGUUUUGCAGUGGUAUAUCAACUUGCAACUGCAAGAGUAUGUUCAAUUGUUCCACGAGAAUCAGGACGUUGCCUGGUUAGACAAGAUCGACAAACGAUAUGCUUGGCUCAAACGGCAUUUGUUGGACUUUGAAGAAAAAUAUGGAAGUAUAUUUCCACUGGAUUGGAAUGUUUCGGAACGGAUAACCGUUCAGUUUUGUACGAUAACUCGCGACGAGUUGAUCAAAAUAAUGAACCGACGGAGAACGGAGAUCGAUGUCAAGUUACUUUUGUUUGCCAUUCAAAAAACAACGAACUUCGAACAACUGCUGGAUAAGCGAUUUAACGGGGCAACUAUCGAGGAAUCGAAGCAACUUGACCAGGUGAAAGAAAAGCCUUCCUUCAUAGAUCUGAUUGGCGUUUGUUUCAAGUCCUAUCUGGAUAUAUAUACGGACAGUAUUGAUCGCAGUUUAUCCGAAUUGAUAGACCAGUUUGCCCAGCAGAACCAGCAGCAGUUUGUACCGAAAGAUGGUAAUGCGGCCAUUUUUCCCAAUUGUGCCGAACUGUUUGUGUUCUACAAAAAAUGUAUGGUGCAAUGUACUCAGCUCAGCAACGAAAAACCGAUGUAUGAUUUAACUUUGAUUUUUAAAAGAUACUUACGCGAAUACUCCAGCAAAGUGUUGGAGGCACGCAUUCCUAAACUGCAGCAAACCAGCUCAACGACAUCCAUCAGCAACAGUAUGUCAUUGCUAACGAAGGAUUUGCAGAAUCUAUCUUCGGCGGCUGGUCAGGUGAUUCACAAUUUUCUCAAAGAAGGAGAAACUCCGAGAUAUAGCAUGGAUGAUAUUCGCAAAAUAUGCUACGUGUUGGCCACCGGCGAGUACUGUCUGGAAACGGUCCAGCAACUAGAGGAUAAACUGAAAGAAAAGAUAGGAAAGAGUUACGUUAGCAGAGUGGAUUUGUCUGACGAGAAGGACGUUUUUCAUCGAAUUAUUUCCAACUGCAUUCAGUUGCUAGUCCAGGAUCUAGACACCGGUUGCGAACAAUCGCUGAAUAUGAUGACCAAAAUCUCCUGGCACAACAUCAGCAACGUUGGUGAUCAAAGCGCCUUCGUGAACCAAAUAGUCACUAACCUCAAACAAUCGGUACCGAUAAUCCGAGACAAUCUGUCUUCCAGCAGAAAAUAUUAUACACAGUUCUGUCACAAGUUUGUCAAUUCAUUUAUUCCAAAGUAUAUCAACACGCUGUUCAAACUUCGGCCGACUACCGUAGGAUCAUCCUCUGGAUCGUCUUCGAUGGUGACCAGUGCAUCGAGUUCCAGCAUUUCUGAUGGAGCCAAUAGUGCCAGCGGUGGCAAUCCAGCUGGAAACAUUCUUGGAUGCGAGCAGUUGCUGUUGGACACGCACAGUUUGAAAACGGUCCUGAUGGAUCUACCUUCGAUUGGAUCGCAGGUUCAGCGAAAACCUCCGGCAACGUAUACCAAAGUUGUGGUCAAAGGAAUGGCUAAAGCGGAAAUGAUCAUCAAGGUGGUGAUGCAACCGAUCCAUCCAGUCGCACUGUUUAUCGAACAGUAUCUGAAGAUGUUACCCGAAAGUCCGGUAACGGAGUUCCACAAAAUCUUGGAGAUGAAAAGCGUAAAGAAAAUCGAGCAACAACAACUGGUAGAGCUUUAUAAGCGAUCGUGCCCCCAGACAGCACUGCAAAGCACCAACACGAUGGACGCGCUCAGUUCCAUCGGUUUAGGUGUUGGAGAUACUCCACUGUUUAGUCAAUCACAACAGGCGGCAGCGACAGCAGCGGCUGCUAUCAGUGGAGCCAGUUCUAGUAUUAUCGCUCUCGGUGAUUCGUUAAUGGACAAAGGAAGGAUAAAAAAAAUUGAAAAUUUGAUCAAAAAUAGAUUACCAAACUGAACCUUCAUCCGGCUUACAUUAGUGAAUGUGAUAAAUUGUACAUGGUCAUUUGGUAUUCCUUCUUGUUGUCGGAAUUUAUCGAUGCUUGUCUAGUUUUAUAUUGUGCAAAAUCUUAAUUUCUUCGCAGUGGAUAUGGGAAAUUUUUCCGUACAUUACACGCCGCACUGCAAGACGAAUAUUAUAACGUCAGGAGGACACUUCAAAUAAAAAUAUGAAACAAA